CCCCAGUCCAGAACCAGUUCUUCAGCUCAAGAAAUGAACUCGACUGUCAGGAUUGUGGAUAGUUAUGAAGAAGCUCUUGCCAAAAACAUUGUGAUUGUUUGUCUUGGUUUUAUCAUUAAUUUCAUCAACGGAAUGUUAGUAGUGACUUUUUUUUCUAAUACAAUGUUUUCAAGAGACUCCAGAUACAUUUUAUACAUUCACCUGGUAAUCAAUGACAUGCUCAUGAUAUGUGUAACAGUGAUUUUGUAUGUGUUGUCCUAUGCUUCACCACUUGUUAAUGUUUCGUGGUGUUGCAUAUUGGUGGUUCUUAGUUCAACCACCUUUAUGAUCACUCCUUUGAAUCUGGCUGGUAUGGCCAUAGAACGGUUCAUUGCGAUUUGUAAACCACUGCAUCACUCUCAGAUUUGCACUCCACAAAGGACCUACAUCUUUAUAUGUUUGCUAUGGGUUUUAGGAGCUAUACAUUGUCUGGCAGAUAUCAUUAUUUUACUUUUAACCCAGCCCAUAUCUUUCUUCAGAUCAUUUGUACCUUGCUACCCAAUAUAUGUGUUCCCAUCCAAAGCCCACCAGGAACACACCACUGCUUCACAAGUCAUCUAUAUGUCUUUGGUGUGGAUAAUUCUCAUUUAUACUUAUUGCAGAGUCCUGUUCACUGCCAGAAAGGCAGUUUCAAAGGGUUCAGCUAAUAAGGCUCGGAGUACUAUACUGUUGCAUGGUGUCCAGUUACUUCUUUGUAUGCUUUCCUAUAUCGCCCCAUUUACGUACAUAAUUAUUACUCCCGUUUUUCCUCAACACAGAGCUAAUAUCGGUUUCUGUAUUUAUCUGCUCACAAUUAUUAUGCCUAGAUUACUGAGUCCUUUGAUAUAUGGGGUCAGAGACCAGAAGUUUAUGAAACAAAUGAAGGAAUACUUUACAUGUAAAGUUAUUAUUGUAAAGAUUGUGCCAUCAAAAUUAUGA